GACUCUUGCUGUCUACCAGGAGCCGCUGGACCAGCUGGAACCCCUGGACAGCCUGGUCGCCCAGGUAAGCCCGGUGCACCUGGACUUCCAGGUAACCCAGGACGCCCACCACAGCAGCCAUGCGACCCUGUCACACCUCCUCCAUGCAAGCCAUGCCCACAAGGACCUCCUGGACCUCCAGGACCACCUGGACCUGAUGGAGAUGCUGGACCAAACGGACAACCUGGAGCUCCAGGAAAUGAUGCCCAACCUGGUCAGCCUGGUCCAAAGGGACCACCUGGACCUAAUGGAAAUCCAGGAGCCCCUGGUGCACCAGGACAGCCUGGAGCACCCGCUGUUUCGACUCCACUCGUCCCCGGAGAACCUGGACCAGCUGGAAGUGCUGGACCUCAAGGACCACCUGGACCCAACGGACAACCUGGACAACCCGGCCCAGCUGGACAACCCGGACCCAAAGGACCCAAUGGACCAAAUGGACAGCCUGGAGCCGAUGGAAACCCAGGUGCACCAGGACAAUCAGGACAGCCCGGAGGACCUGGAGAACCAGGAAUCUGCCCCAAGUACUGUGCCAUCGAUGGCGGAGUUUUCUUCGAAGAUGGAACUCGCCGUUAA